UGUGGGAUCAUGAGUCGACGACAGCAGUCAGAAUAGAAUUUAGCGCCAUAGGAAAGGGGAUAUCAAUGCUUUGCAGUCGCUUCCUCUCCUUGCUCCCUUCUCUUCAUCCAUACUGACCUGUGACACAUGGAUAGGUAAAAGCAGAUAACCUAAGCCUAGGUUUCCCGACUUCUGCAUUGUUAAGUAGGCAGGGAGAGAAGGAAGCCAUGCGCACAGGGUGCUGGCAUAAUACGUACGGCGCAGCACGCGCCCAAUAAAAAUGUAUUGAGCAACAUGUUCUACUGGUUUUUAACAGAUAUAAUUUUGUGUUUUAUUUUCAGUAACAAAUAAUUAUUUAUGCGCGUCGACAGUGUAAAUAGAGCAAUGCACGCGUCUGCUGGGACGGGAGUUUUUAUCUUGUCCUUGACAUCAAUACCCAUUUCAUUUUUCUUCAACUCUCUGAUCUACACUAACAGCAUUGAGACAGUCUUUUUCGCUGGAUCUACAACUGUUCUUAUCUUGGCUAUAUCUGCAUGCUUUCUAUUCAAGAAGAAGGCACCCAAAGACCCUCUAUUCUAUGUGUUUGCAGUGUAUGCAUUCCUGAGUGUGGUAAACCUGAUCAUUGGUCUGGAGCAGGACAGUAUCAUUGAUGGUUUCAUCACCUUCUAUCUCAAAAAUGCAGACCCCUACAUUAACACGGCCCAUGGACACAUGAUCUCCUAUUGGGAUGGAUGUGUCCACUAUCUCAUGUACCUGCACAUGGUUGCAGCUAUAACCUGGGGGGCAAGCUACAGAGCCAUCGGCCUGUACUGGGUGGGGUCCAUUCUCAUGCGCGUCAUCGUCUACAUUCCUGGAAAUGUUGUGGGGAAGUAUGGUACCCAGCUGAGCCCCCUGUUCCUGGUCCACAUGCUCUACGUCGUGGUGUCGGUGUGGGCCUGCUUCCACGUCUUCAGCCAGUCCACCACCAGACAGGCUCAGACAAUGAGUAUCAAUGAGGCCCAGAGGACUACGCUAGUGGAGAGGCCCCUAGACUUUCUGUUUGUCAUCUACCUCGUCCCUGCUACAUUUUUCUGUGUCUUCAGAGGCCUGGUGGCCCUGGACUGCCCGACAGAGUGGUGUCAGGAGUACACACAGCUAUAUGAGCCUUACCUGAAGGACCCGUCGUCUUAUCCUAAAAUACAGAUGAUAGUGAACAUGCUUUACUCCGGUCCGUACUACAUCAUUGCGCUUUACGGGCUGCUCGUGCCUGGGUGUGAGUGGAUGCCUGACCUCACUCUGGUCCACUCUGGGGCAAUAGCACAGGCCCAGUUCUCCCACAUCGGUGCAUCUCUCCACACGCGGACGCCGUUCUCCUACAGAGUACCAGCUGACAGCCAGAUUGUCUUUCUAUUAGUCAAUGCCCUGUAUGCCAUCGUACCCCAAGCCCUCUGCUACCGCUGUGUCACUAGCCCUGCCUUCUUCCUCAGAGACCAACAAAAUGACAAGAGGACUGACUGAAGGAACUGACUGACCAACUGACUGGCUGGCUGGCUGGCUGACCGACUCAGGCCUUGACUACGCAGAAACCAGUCCAAAAGUAUCUCUCUGCCUAGCAUAACCGCAGAAACCAGUCCAAAAGUAUCUCUCUGCCUAGCAUAACCGUAGAAACCAGUCCAAAAGUAUCUCUCUGCCUAGCAUAACUGCAGAAACCAUUCCAAAAUUAUCUCUCUGCCUAGCAUAACCGCAGAAACCAGUCCAAAAGUAUCUCUCUGCCUAGCAUAACCGCAGAAACCAGUCCAAAUGUAUCUCUCUGCCUAGCAUAACCGCAGAAACCAGUCCAAAUGUAUAUCUCUACCUAGCAUAACCUCAGAAACCAGUCCAAAAGUAUCUCUCUGCCUAGCAUAACUGCAUAAACCAGUCCAAAAGUAUCUCUCUGCCUAGCAUAACCGCAGAAACCAGUCCAAAAGUAUCUCUCUGCCUAGCAUAACUGUAGAAACCAGUCCAAAAGUAUCUCUCUGCCUAGCAUAACCGCAGAAACCAGUCCAAAAGUAUCUCUCUGCCUAGCAUAACCGCAGAAACCAGUCCAAAAGUAUCUCUCUGCCUAGCAUAACCGCAGAAACCAGUCCAAAAGUAUCUCUCUGCCUAGCAUAACCGCAGAAACCAGUCCAAAAGUAUCUCUCUGCCUAGCAUAACUGCAGAAACCAGUCCAAAAGUAUCUCUCUGUCUAGCAUAACUGCAGAAACCAGUCCAAAAGUAUCUCUCUGCCUAGCAUAACUGCAGAAACCAGUCCAAAAGUAUCUCUCUGCCUAGCAUAACCGCAGAAACCAGUCCAAAAGUAUCUCUCUGUCUAGCAUAACCGCAGAAACCAGUCCAAAAGUAUCUCUCUGCCUAGCAUAACUGCAGAAACCAGUCCAAAAGUAUCUCCCUGCCUAGCAUAACCGCAGAAACCAGUCCAAAAGUAUCUCUUUGCCUAGCAUAACCGCAGAAACCAGUCCAAAAGUAUCUCUCUGCCUAGCAUAACCGCAGAAACCAGUCCAAAAGUAUCUCUCUGUCUAGCAUAACCGCAGGAACCAGUCCAAAAGUAUCUCUCUGUCUAGCAUAACCGCAGAAACCAGUCCAAAAGUAUCUCUCUGCCUAGCAUAACCGCAGAAACCAGUCCAAAAGUAUCUCUCUGUCUAGCAUAACCGCAGAAACCAGUCCAAAAGUAUCUCUCUGUCUAGCAUAACCGCAGGAACCAGUCCAAAAGUAUCUCUCUGUCUAGCAUAACCGCAGAAACCAGUCCAAAAGUAUCUCUCUGCCUAGCAUAACCGCAGAAACCAGUCCAAAAGUAUAUCUCUGCCUAGCAUAACCGCAGAAACCAGUCCAAAAGUAUCUCUCUGCCUAGCAUAACCGCAGAAACCAGUCCAAAAGUAUCUCUUUGCCUAGCAUAACCGCAGAAACCAGUCCAAAAGUAUCUCUCUGCCUAGCAUAACCGCAGAAACCAGUCCAAAAGUAUCUCUCUGUCUAGCAUAACCGCAGAAACCAGUCCAAAAGUAUCUCUCUGUCUAGCAUAACCGCAGAAACCAGUCCAAAAGUAUCUCUCUGCCUAGCAUAACCGCAGAAACCAGUCCAAAAGUAUCUCUCUGUCUAGCAUAACCGCAGAAACCAGUCCAAAAGUAUCUCUCUGUCUAGAUAACCGCAGAAACCAGCCCAAAAGUAUCUCUCUGCCUAGCAUAACCGCAGAAACCAGCCCAAAAGUAUCUCUCUGCCUAGCAUAACCGCAGAAACCAGUCCAAAAGUAUCUCUCUGUCUAGCAUAACCGCAGAAACCAGUCCAAAAGUAUCUCUCUGUCUAGAUAACCGCAGAAACCAGCCCAAAAGUAUCUCUCUGCCUAGCAUAACCGCAGAAACCAGUCCAAAAGUAUCUCUCUGUCUAGCAUAACCGCAGAAACCAGCCCAAAAGUAUCUCUCUGCCUAGCAUAACCUGGUGGCCAGUCUGUUUCAUAUUCUGCACUGGCCAACUCUAAGUGUAGUAUAUUCAAUACUCACAACUGUAGUCUUUAGUGUACACUACUGUAGUCUCAGUAGUGACUUAAAAACAGCAUCCAAGCAUAUCUUGCUCAGUGGUACAUUCCUUUACAUAGAAAGAAAACUGGAUACCUUUACUUCAUUUCUGUUUGUCAGUGACUAGUCUUAGCCUAUUAUGGAACUGAUUUAGGAUCAGUUUAGCCUUUUAGAUUGCAAUGAAUAACAAUAAAUGGACAGGGGGACCUGACCCUAGAUCAGCAGCAUUCCUACUCUGGGAUAUGUUAUGAAUACAGCACUGUUCUAAAUGUGUUUUCAGCUAAAUUACUUGUAUUCUUGUUUACUUUUAAAUAAAACAAAAGGUUUGUUGUCAUAAAAUGCUAUAUGGUGAAUCAAAAUAGAUUGUGUUAUGUUUAAAGGUGUUUGGAGAGGAUUUAAGGACUAGUUUUAUGGACGCAAUAUUUUGAUAUUUGUGUCUAAUUUAAGUGUUAAAAACCUGAAAUAAGUCUUGAUUUGUAAAAUCUGAUUUGUGUUUUCUGGCUCUGUUGGUGCUCUUGCAUGUGAGAUGUCCGUGUUAUCCAAAUAAUAAGUGCAAACACUGAGUGCAUUCCAAUGAGUUUAUUCUGUAAAAGUCUUGUCCAUAAACAGCAACAGUUUACUUUAAACUACAAACCUUUAAAAUGUAAAACAUGUUCUAAUUCCGAGCAUUAACAAAGAUUGAAAGGUUUAAAUAAAAAAAUUCAAAUGUAUGAGUUUACAUUUCACACAGUAUUAUAAUCAACUAUCAUCAAAAAAAUAAAUAGAAUAUAUUUUUCAUAAAGACAUAGGAAGGAGAGCAGGCUACUGGCAUACCAUUGAUGGGAGUGUGUAACAGUAAGUUUGGAAGCUGAACCAAGGCAGAAAACACAAUUUUCCAGCAUGCCAGGCGCCAACUUUACACCAAACACUAAAGCUGCAUUCAUGACAAGUCGGAAACUCUGAAAAUAUGACUUAAAAACUAGUUGUGUGCAUUCACAUGCCUUGAACUCAUUGAGAACGCUGAUUUUCGUAAUUCCUUAGUAGGUGAUGUCACUUGUAAAUAGUUGGAGGGCAGUUCAAAUGUAAUUUUUUUAUUUUUUAAUUUUUUUUAACUAGGAAGCUUGUAUUUCUGAGUUUCCAACAUGUCAUAAAUGCCUCAGGAUGAAAACCAAUAUAUCGUCUGAUAAAGGUGCUUGCAAACA